AGCCUGGUGUUGAGACCGGUGUGACUUAUCUUUCCUACUCUGCUGCUGUCGUUAGCGGACCGGCUGCGCACACACACCUACACACACACUCCUCUCCUUCUCUCUCUCUGCCACACACUUCAACACACACGCACAGAACCCGACUGGUGCACUGGGGUAAAGAAGGGGAAGGGGAAGAGGGGGAGAAAGAGACACAUGUCACACUGGAUCGAGCAGGGGAAUGUACUGGAUUCCACUGCACACACACGCCCGGGCUGUCCCGCACUGACGCGUCCGCUGCGUUAACGGGACCGGACUGAGCCAGGGGGGAAGCGGGGAACCGGACCGGGAUAGAGUGUGGGGGGGAAAAAAGGAGUCACCUGGCUGCGGAGGGAGAGGAGGAAGUAAGGGAGGGUGGGGGAGAAGGGAGGGAGGGUCGGAGGGGGAGCUGUACCCGACUGACAGAGCUUUGUUUUGGGGUAGAAAACACCGCUCACGCGCAACGGAGAGUCGGCGCAAAGUUUCCUCGAUGGCGCUGGUGAUGGAGCCGGUGAGCAAAUGGAGCACGAACCAGGUGGUGGACUGGAUGAAAGGUCUGGACGACUGCUUGCAACAGUAUGUGUGUGUGUUUGAGCGCGGAGGUGUGUGCGGAGAGAGGCUGCUGAGGAUUAGCCACGCCGAACUGGAGGAGCUGGGAGUCUCUCGCAUCGGACACCAGGAGCUGAUCCUGGAGGCCGUGGACCUGCUCUGUGCUCUGAACUCAGGCCUUGAGACGGAGAGCGUCAGGACUCUGGCUCACAAACUUGGCGCCUCAGCUAAGAACCUUCAGAACUUUAUAUCCGGCCGCCGUCGCAGCAGCCAAUCAGAAAGCAGGUCCUCACGGCGACUCCCCAACGAUCUUCUGACCUCUGUUGUCGACCUCAUCACUGCUGCCAAGAGUCUGCUAGCCUGGCUGGACAGGUCUCCCUUUGCUGCAGUGGCAGACUACUCAGUAACCCGAAAUAAUGUCAUUCAGCUCUGCCUGGAGCUCACCACCAUUGUACAGCAGGACUGUACGGUGUUUGAGACGGAGAACAAAAUCCUUCAUGUGUGUAAGACUCUGUCGGAGGUGUGUGAGCACAUCGUGUGUGUGUCAUCAGACCCGCUGGUUUCUCAGUCGGCCCACCUGGAGCUUGUUCACCUCACCAACAUCAAACCCUCUGAAGGCUUGGGAAUGUACAUCAAGUCAACCUACGACGGCCUUCAUGUCAUCACAGGAACUACUGAAGGGUCUCCCGCUGACCGCUGUAAGAAGAUCCACGCCGGAGAUGAAGUGAUCCAAGUCAAUCACCAGACUGUGGUGGGCUGGCAGUUACGUAACCUGGUCGGCUCGCUGAGGGCCGAUAAAGGCGUCGUGUCCCUGACCCUGAAGAAGCGUCCACAGAGCACGCUCAGCUCCGCCCCUGCACUGCUGAAGAACAUGCGCUGGAAACCCCUCGCACUGCAGCCAACCAGGAGCCCAGGCAGCAGCUCGGCCACACCCUCGGGAACACCAACCAAAAGCUCUGCGCUGCAGGACCUGCACAUCCCACCUCCACCUGCUGAGCCGUACGCGCCCAGAGACGACCCUGGAGCCUUGUCAGGAGAUGAGGCAUCACGUAACCAUGGUGGCAUCAGCAUUGCCAAGCGCUCUGAGUCACCAAACUCCUUCCUGGAUCAAGAGUCUCGCCGGCGAGAUGAGGAGGAGCCCGUUUACUGCACCACACCAACUUAUGGCAGACUAAGGCCCAUCUCCAUGCCUGUGGAGUGUAGCUGGGUGGGCGACUAUGAAGAUCCAGCCAAGCUGAACAGAGAGAGCCGCAGAGAAGCGACACUGAUGCGUUACGUGGGACUCUCCAGCAUGGACGAGAGGCCCGGCUCUGACGACUACUCCUCCCACACAGCUCGUCCAGGCAAACGCUCCAACGACACGGCCAAACGUGCGAAGAGGCGGAGCCAUCACAGCCAAAGCCCCUCCCACUACAUGCUCCAGGCAAAUCAGCCGAGGGAAUCUCCGCCAAGAGACCCCGCCUCCAUUUAUCAUACAUACCAGCAGUCCACCUCCCUGCAGUCAAAGACCAGGAAGAAGAAUAAAGGACGGAGUUUGGCCUCCCUGAGUCGGAGGCGUGUUUCCUGCAAAGCUCUGGGCCGAGGAGACUGCGAGGGCUGGCUGUGGAGAAAGAGAGACGCAAAGGGUUAUUUUUCUCACAAAUGGAAGAAGUACUGGUUUGUUCUGAAGGACAACUGCCUGUACUGGUACAUCAAUGAGGAGGAUGAAAAGGCCGAGGGCUUCGUCAGUCUUCCAGAGUUUAAGAUCGACCGUGCCAGUGAAUGCCGCAAGAAAUAUGCUUUCAAAGCCUGUCACCCCAAGGUGAAGAGUUUCUACUUCGCAGCAGAUGGAGUGGACGACAUGAACAGAUGGCUGAGUCGUCUCAACCAGGCUGCUGUGGGCUACGCAGAGCGAGAGAGGAUACGCCAGGAGCAGGAUUACUGGAGCGAGAGUGAUCAUGAGGACGACACCACCUCCAGCCCGAAACAGGACAGUCCCCCACCUCCAUACGAUACCUACCCACGGCCUCCAUCAAUGAGUGCCUACUUGGAGGGCCGCACCACUCGACUGUCUUCCACAGAGACAUCUCGUUCUCGCUCAUCCCAGGAGGACUUCCUCUGUGGUGAGCCCGCUGUUGCUGCAGAGCCACAGUACCACCCCGGUCCUCUAGGGGGAGGAACCACGCACAGUGGGAGGAAGCCAGGGGGCAGCAGCAGCAGUGAUGUGCAGUAUCGAUGUGAUCCUGUCGAGUACCGCUCCAGUCCUGCGGGGGGCAGCAGUGAGACGGGUUCCCCUGGACGCUCCUCCUCAUCUCAGAGACGUUCCUGGCAGGACCUGAUUGAGACUCCGCUGACAGAGGCUGGACUGCACUACCUACAAACUGGACCUCUAGAGGACGCCGUCUUUGCCGAGCCCGGUCCAGGUGGAGGGAAUAUGAUGGCCGGCGCCGUUUACACCCUCCCCGCACAGAGGAAUGUCCCCUUGCCCAUAGCCAUGCAAAGGCUGAUCCCUAUGACAAGCCAGGGAGGGAAACCCCGCAGCUUCACACUGCCUCGAGACAGCAACCUGCACACGCUGCUCGCACCCCCCGCCAAAGAAGAACAGCAAACACACAACGGUGGCAGCGAGGGUGCGUCCUUGGGCGACCUGUUUCGAGCCUGCGAGCAGGGCGGGGUGUGUCCUCUCGGUCGAGAGUCGGAGCUCAGAGGUCAGCAGGAGUUCAGGCAGUCCUUCCUCAGACGAGCCGCCGACCCUCAGCUCAACGAUCGUCUGCACCGCCUUCGUAUACUGACGUCCACGCUGAAGGACAGGGAGGGGGAGCUAGCGCUGAUUGACAGGCUGUUGGCCAAUCCCCAGCUGUCGUCGGCAGAGUUCCAGGAGUGGAAAAGAGCCUAUCAGGAGCUGUUCUCUCAGGAGCCAGACUCGACCGCUGAUUCUGACCCCGACCCCGACCCCGGCCCGCCCCUCACCCCCUCGCUCUCUCACACGCACUCCUACAUUGAGACCCACGUCUGACGAGCGUGACGUGACACGUGCUUGAGUUACUCUCCUGGGAAAAAGGGAUACAGCGACGGACGUUUUUUCUGCAAAAGAAAGAUAGUCAUGUGCUUUGUUUGAGAGAGGGAGAGCAGGGUGACCUCUCAUCCUGAUACGCUUUUAGACGCCAAAGUGUACGAGUGCAACGUGACAAGCUGUGCAAGGAGACGUCUGCGUGCCCUCACGUCACAUCGAUCUAUGAGGUGAUUGGUUAUGCCACUCCAGCUGGCUCGGGGGCAGACGAUGAACUGAUUCUUUAGUAAUCUAUGUUAGCUUUUAGCGCUCUUUAAAUACUCUCCAUGGAAACAUCAGACAAAGAUGAGACUUUGGACAUCAGUUUUUUCCUUCUGACAUGGACUCUCAAAAUAGUGACAUCAUCAUCAUGAGCCGCCAUCCAGACUACUUCAUCCUGCUUGUUGUGCCAUAUUGUACAGACUGCACAGUCUAGAAGCCACAAAGUGACAUAGUAUUAUUCCAUUAAGCCUUAUACUUAAAGUCUAUGAUGAUAUUUUCUGUACAGUGAAGUGUAACAGCAGAGAGUUAAGCACAAGUCUUUUUUUUUUUUUUUUAAAUCAACUCGUCACAGUUUUUUCUAGAUUUAGAGACUUUGGUUCGUGCUGUGUGGUAGAAAUGCAUUCUGUGCUGGGCUGGACCUGAAGCAUGCACUCUGCUGGAGAAGGAAAAAUCCACUUGAAACACUCUAACACUGUUUGAAACACUCCUCAGUGCACAUAGAGAUCUCUAUUUGUAACUGAUAUAUCUACACUGUAAGAAAAAAACAAGUUAGUUCAACUCAAAAUCAUUUGUAACCUGGCUGCCUUAAAAUGUUAAGUUCAGCAAGCCAAGAAAUUUAAGUUGUUUCCACUUUUGUCUUAGUUCCUUGCAGAAAAGUAUUAAAACAUUGAUCCAAAC